CGGUGCUGUCAUGUCGCCAGUAGUUUCUUUCCGUAGCGCUUUUUCGCAAAGUUUCAAAACUUUACCAUGUCCGAUGUGGAAGAUCCGGUAGAACGGAUGCUCAAAAACACCGGCUGCAUCGAGCUGCACCACAAAGUACAGGAGUGCAUUGCCGGAACCGGCGACUGGCGGCUCUGCCAGGACGCGGUGAAAGAGUUCAAACUGUGCAUGCAAGACUACACGGCCAAGCAGUGGGCAAAGUACGGUGAUAAAUGAAAGCGUUCCGGGCAC